GACCCAAAAGUUUAAAAUGGAUUUAAUCUUAAUUGACUCAAAAAUUUGGAUUUAGAAAUAAUUUGGCCUUUAUUAUAGUAUUCUUAGUUUAGAUAGCUGCAUAGGAGAAGAAAGAAAAUUUAGGUAGUUAAUGAAAAUGUUCCCCCAGUCACUCAAUUUAGAAAAACUCGAAAUUGCAGAGUAAUGGAGGACAGUUUGUAGAGAAGACUGGAUUUAACUGAUAGUCUUGAACUUUACCAGGUUUUGUUAAAAAGGUGGUGAACUAAUGGGAAAAGAUGAGGAGGCAGAGGCAGAGGCAGUUGUAAUUGGAGGGAUGGUGUUGGAUAUUCAUGCCAUUCCUUCAAUCUCUCCGAAUCCCAGGACUACUGUUCCUGGCAAGGUGCAGUAUGCUCUUGGAGGUGUAGCAAGGAAUAUUGCUGAGUGCAUGUCAAAGCUUGGCACUAAGCCUUAUAUGAUUAGUGCUCUGGGAAAUGAUAUGGCUGGGAACUUACUUUUGGAGUACUGGAAUUCUGCCGGGCUAUCCACAAAAGGCAUUCAAAGACACCAAAAUAUCAGAACUCCUGUCAUAUCCAACAUAUUUAACUCCCAUGGAGAGGUUCUAGCUGGCGUUGCUGAUGUGGAAGCAGUUGAAAAGUUCCUCACACCAGAGUGGAUUCUGCAAUCUGGCAACGAUAUUUCUUCUGCUUCGGUAUUGCUGGUCGAUGCAAAUCUGAAUGUUUCUGCUUUAGAAGCUUCUUGUCGAGUGGCGGCUAAAUGUAACGUCCCGGUCUGGUUUGAGCCUGUUUCUGUUGCAAAAUCCAUGAAAAUUGCCUCAAUUGUCGGUAAUGUUGCUUUUGCUUCGCCAAAUGAAGAUGAGCUUAUCGCCAUGGCAAACGCUUUGUCUUGCGGAAAUACAUUUCAUCCAAUUGACAAGGAUAACAUCAAAAAGUACUCGCCUGAGUCAUUAUUCAACAUGUUAAAACCCGCCAUCUUGAUUUUGCUGGACAAGGGUAUUAAGACGGUUGUUGUUACAGUUGGUGCUGACGGAGUGUUCUUAUGUUCGAAAGAGCCAAACUUCAUGAGUAAUAAGUUAGAAACAACUAGAAAGCAUGGAUAUAGUAAAACAUUGUAUGAUACAGUAGCUUUAAGCUGUCCGGCAAGUAAAUUUUCUAGAGCUAUACAGACUGUGAAGAGCUCUCAUUUUUUAGCUGUUCAUUUUCCGGGCCUUCCUGCCUCAGUUGUGAGGCUUACUGGGGCUGGUGACUGCUUGGUCGGUGGGACACUUGCUUCUCUUUGUUCAGGGUUAGAUAUCAUGCAAAGCAUGGCCGUCGGAAUUGCAGUUGCCAAAGCUACUGUUGAGGCAGAGGCCAAUGUUCCUUCAGCAUUUAGUUUGACCUCUAUCGCAGAGGUUAGCAUUCGAUCACAGUAUGCUUACGAGAUAAGAAUAUUAUGCAAUGACCUUUCAACCAAUUCACUGCAGCAUCCAUUUAUGAUGCGAAGCUGGUAUACUCUGCUGCAAGAGUGUUAUUCCAUCAGUCAUUGUUAUAAUAGUUCAUUAAGUGUUGGUCAAACCUUAGGCCAUAUUGGAAACGGUUGCAAUUGGCAAGGCGGAAGCCCGGCUCCGCCUAGCUGUGGCUCCGCCACUGGUUCGACGGAUUUUUUGAUGACACUUGAACAAAAAUAUGAAAAAAUAAAAAUGACAACAAGAGAGAAUGUUGGAGAAAAUGCUGAUGCCAUUUCUCCAAUAACAAAUUGCCAGCAAGGUCAUCUAGAGAAUGUAGGAUGUAGGGAGAACCAUUGCUGGAUAUGUUCCGCCCCUGAAAGAGGGAUAAUUUUAUUAAAAGAAAAAAUUGUUGCGUCUGUCUAUCAAUUACUAGACGGUUUAAAAUUUCAAGUCCACGCCAUAAAAUCAGGCUUUGCUUUGCCCAUAAUCACCACAAAUCAACUCAUCCACUUAUACAGUAAACAUAACCUUAUACAAGAAGCACAGAACCUGUUCGACGAAAUGCCUGAGAGAAACGUUUUCUCAUGGAAUGCAAUAAUCUCAGCGCAUAUAAAAACCCAAAACUUAACACGAGCAAAGGGUAUCUUCGACUCUGCUUCUAUUAAAGAUUUAGUAACCUAUAAUUCAAUGUUAUCAGCUUAUCUAAAUGCAGAGGGUUAUGAGUUUUAUGCACUUGAAUUGUUUAAAGAAAUGCAAAAAAACCAGUACAAAAUUGAUGAGUUUACUGCCACAACAAUGGUUAAAUUGUGUGCUAAGUUAGCUAUGUUGUGUUGGGGGAAGCAGGUUCAUUCAUUUAUGGUUAAAUCAGCUAAUGAAAAAACCGGGUUUGCUGUUAGUUCAUUGAUUGACAUGUACUCGAAAUGUGGCUGUUUUAAGGAAUCUUUUAAGGUGUUUAAUGGAUGUGGAGGAUUUGUUGAUGUUGUUUCGAAGAAUGCUAUGGUGGCCGCUUGUUGUCGAGAGGGUGAAUUGGAUUUUGGUUUGAGGUUGUUUUGGAGAGAAAGUGAGGGGAAUGACAUAGUUUCUUGGAAUACUUUGAUUUCGGGUUAUGUUCAAAAUGGAUUUGAGGUGGAAUCAUUGAAAUUAUUUGCUUGUAUGAUGGACAAUGGUGUUAGAUGGAAUGAACAUAGUUUGGCUAGUCUUUUGAGUGCUUGUUCGGGUUUAAAGAACUUGAAGCUUGGAAAGGAGAUCCAUGGUUGUGUAUUGAGAAACGGGUUGGAGUCGAAUUCUUUUUUGGAAAGCGGUGUUAUUGAUGUUUAUUGCAAGUGUGGAAAUAAUAAGUAUGUUGAGUCAAUGUAUUUAGGUAGUAUGAGUAGAAGUUCUUAUUUAGUUAGUUCUAUGAUUACGAUGUAUUCGUCACAAGGAAAUAUGGUGGAAGCUCGUAGGCUUUUUGAUUCUGUAGAAGAAAAGAGCGCCAUCGUUUGGACAGCUUUGUUUACUGGCUAUGCUAAAUUACAUCAAUGUGAAGCUGUUUUUGAACUUCUCAGUGAGUUUAGGGCUAAGGAAGUAACUGUUCCUGACAGUUUGAUUCUUAUAACUGUGUUUGGCGCGUGUGCGUUGAAAGCCGCUCUUAAUCUGGGCAAGGAAAUUCAUGGCUAUACAUUCAGAAUGGAUGUUGAAAUGGAUAAGAAACUGACGACUGCUUUAAUCAAUAUGUAUUCAAAAAGUGGGAGCGUAAAAUAUGCAGAAAAACUUUUCCAAGAUGUUAAUGAAAGAGAUUCUAUCCUUUAUAAUGUUAUGAUAGCUGGUUAUGCUCAUAAUGGGCAUGAGAUCGAAGCUAUCGAGUUGUUUCAGGAAAUGUUGGAGAAAGGACUUAAACCAAAUGUAGUUACUUAUAUUGCACUUUUAUCUGCUUGCCGUCACUGUGGACUGGUUGGAUUGCAAGUGCUUCUUGCCCCACUUAAUGCAAUUGUUGUCCGUACUGCAUGCUGUAGUGUGGGGGUAGUUUUACCUGUUUACUCAACAUUCAAGGCUAUUGAGAACAGAGAUCCUGUUGAGCAACAAAAAUGGCUUCUUUAUUGGGCUGCUUAUGGAACUUUCAGUGUUGGGGAAAUGUUCGCAGAUAAAAUCCUAUCCUGGUUUCCACUUUACUAUCAUGUGAAGUUUGCAUUUCUUGUUUGGCUACAGAUUCCAUCAGUCAAUGGAGCCAGGCAAUUGUAUAUGAGCUAUCUACGCCCAUUCUUAUUGAGGCAUCAAGCUAGAUGUGAUCAAGUUACAGGGUUUAUGUAUCAAGAAAUGGAUAAGUUUGUGAUUGCACAUCAAGCGGAAUUCAAGUUGGCAAAGGCACUUCUAAUGAAAGGUCUAGCAUCAGUGCACCGUAUGGUUCAGCAUUCUAUUGACCUAGGGAAAAGACCAGCAACUGGUUCUUCGGAAAGCUCGCCGAGAAGCAUACAGGAUUUACAAUCUGAUGAAAGUGAUUAGGGCGCUCGUCAGUAGUAAUUUAGAUUAGAUAACUGCUUAACUUUUUCUUUGGAGAGUAAGAAUUACAGAGUUAAUAGUCUUUUUGGCUUGUUUUAGAGAGAAGCAUAUCUGCUAAUGUCAUAUGAAAACCUUCAGAUGUAUAUUCUUUUUCUAUGUAGCAUGGAAACGGAAACGGGAAAUGUAAACGAUACGAAACGGACACGGGGAAACAAAAGUUUUUCAAAAUGAAGGACACGAAACGUGGGGGAAACGUGCAAAUAACAAAAAUAUAGAGAUAUAUUUAUAAAAAUAUUAUCUAAAUAUUUAUGAUAAUUAACAAAAUAAUUCAUUUUAA